CACGCAUCCCACCAACUCACCUUUUGAACCCCUCACCAAUCCAAAAUCACAAUCACAAUGGGUGCCACAGACAACCUCUCCCGCAAGACCGGUGUCAUCUACGGCGAUGAUGUCCUCAAGCUCUUCAAGAACGCCCAGGAGCAGGGCUACGCCAUCCCCGCCAUCAACGUCACAUCUAGCUCCACUGUCGUCGCCUCCCUCGAGGCCGCGCGGGACAGCAAGAGUCCCAUCAUCCUCCAGACCUCCCAAGGUGGUGCCGCUUACUUUGCCGGCAAAGGUGUAGACAACAAGAACCAAGAAGCCUCCAUCGCCGGUGCCGUUGCUGCCGCCCACUACAUUCGCGCUAUUGCUCCCGCCUACGGCAUUCCCGUCGUCCUUCACACCGACCACUGCGCCAAGAAGCUCCUUCCAUGGCUCGAUGGCAUGCUCGAUGCCGACGAGGCUCACUUCAAGGAGCACGGCGAGCCCCUUUUCUCCUCCCACAUGAUCGACUUGUCUGAGGAGGAGGUCAAGUUCAACAUCGAGACCACCGCCAAGUACCUCAAGCGCGCUGCUCCCAUGAAGCAGUUCCUCGAGAUGGAGAUUGGUAUCACUGGUGGUGAGGAGGACGGCGUCAACAACGAGGAUGUUGACAACAACAGCUUGUACACUCAGCCCGAGGACAUCUACGAGAUCUACAAGACUCUCUCUCCCAUCUCCCCCUACUUCUCUAUUGCCGCUGGUUUCGGCAAUGUGCACGGUGUGUACAAGCCCGGAAACGUCAAGCUCCAGCCCGGACUUCUCAAGAAGCACCAGCAAUACGUCAAGGAGCAGACCAAGUCUAGCGAGGAGAAGCCCGUCUUCUUGGUUUUCCACGGUGGCUCUGGUAGCUCCGUUGAUGACUUCCGCGAGGCCAUCUCUUACGGUGUUGUCAAGGUCAACCUCGACACUGACCUGCAAUGGGCCUACCUCACCGGUAUCCGCGACUACGUGCAGAACAAGAAGGACUACAUUCAGACCCAGGUCGGCAACCCCGACGGCGACGACAAGCCCAACAAGAAGUACUACGACCCUAGGGUGUGGGUCCGCGAGGGAGAGAAGACCAUGUCUGCCCGCAUUAAGACCGCUCUCCAGGACUUCCACACUGCUGGGCAGGUGUAGAUGUGAGUUUCUUGGGCGCCGAUUUUUCAUGACCGCGGGGUAGAA